AUGGGAAAGCCGAUGCACAAGCAGCUCGUUUGGAGCAAUGAGAUGGCCCUUACACUCCUUCGGGAGGUCAUCCGGGUCGAGCCGUACGACGGCGAGUACGGAACCCUGACGUCACGGUGGAAGCCAAUCGCCACCAAUCUGUCCACUUGCUUUGAAGCACCCGUGCCACACAGGUCUGCCCGGGACCACUUCGAAGCAAUGCUUGAAGCGUUCAAGUCAACUGACAAGGCCCAGCGUCUCUGGGGAACAGGAAGCGAGGAGGAGGUUACAGAACAAGUUCAACUACUGCAAGACCUCGUGGCCAAAUGA